AUGAAUCCGUCGGUUUCGCCAAGUGAAUUCUUUGCCACGCAUUUGUAUGAUCCGAAAUCUUGUGGCGACAAUUUCCUAAUCUUCAGGAUCAUGUACUUGUUGUAUCCGCUGUCCGUGGAUAUGGCCUCAUAUUUUUCUCCUGAAACCGUCAUAUCUACUUUUGUUCAUUUUUUACACAAUCCAGUCACCUCGUUGCUUACCCGAGACGAUCAUGUCGCCCUUUUCAGUCGUCCAAAAGUUUAUGGAAGUUGGAAACGCUUCGGUGUGACAUUCCAGCUUGAUGUCUUGACCAAUAUAGCCACCCACCAGUUGAUUUGA